AUGGCACACAAACAUUCGCUUGAGGCAUUGGAUAGGACAUUAAAGGAUAUAAAAAACAACGAUAAACUAUUUGGCGGCACUUUGUUACUCCUUUCAGGUGAUUUCAGACAAACACUUCCUGUUAUUCCACGUUCAACGUGGGCUGAUGAAAUUAACGCUUGCUUAAAAUCAUCGCGACUAUGGCGUAAUGUUGAAAAAGUACAACUUACGGUGAACAUGCGCGUUCAAAUGCUUCAGGAUCCAUCCGCCGAAACAUUCUCUAAACAACUGUUAGAUAUUGGCGAUGGGAAAGUUGCUGUACAUGAAAAUACUGGAUGCAUAAAAUUACAGAUGAACUUCUGCACAAUCAUCGACUCGCAAAAUACUCUUAUCGAUCACAUAUUUCCCGACGUACACACACAAUAUGAAAAUCAUAAGUGGCUGGCAGAAAGAGCGAUCUUGGCAGCUAAAAAUGUGGACGUCAAUGGGUUAAAUUUAAAAAUACAACAGCUGUUGCCUGGGGACUUGGUGUCAUACAAAUCUAUCGAUGCAGUUUGCGAUACCAACCAGAUUGUGAAUUAUCCAAUUGAGUUUUUAAAUUCAUUGGAUUUGCCAGGCAUGCCACCACAUCAUUUACAAUUAAAGGUUAGAUCUCCGAUUAUUCUGCUUCGUAACUUAAACCCACCACAGCUAUGUAAUGGCACACGAUUAGUCAUUAAAAAAUUAAUGAAAAACGUUAUUGAAGCCAUCAUCUUGAAUGGCAAGUUUCAAGGCGAGAAUGUGUUGCUGCCACGAAUCCCUAUGAUUCCCACAGAUAUGCCAAUUGAAUUCAAACGCACUCAAUUCCCAAUUAGAUUGGUAUUCGCUAUGACGAUCAAUACGUCACAAGGACAAACAUUGUCUGUAUGUGGCUUAGAUUUGGAAACACCGUGCUUUUCUCACGGACAACUAUAUGUAGCAUGUUCUCGCGUGGGAAAACCAUCCAGUUUGUUUGUGUUGGCUAAAGACGGACUAAUCAAGAAUAUUGUACACUCUAUUGCGCUGAGAGAUUAA